AUGCGUUUAGUCGGCGACUGGUUCGAUACGAUCCAUCCUCUAGCUCCGAUAUUACUCCGUCGCCAGUUUCUCCGACGUCUUGCUCAAGGCCUAGCUGAUGUUGAUGCCGAGUUUUGUGGACUCGUCAUCAGUGUAUGCGCAGCAACCAAAGCAACACUACCUCGUCGUGACUACGGCCCAGUGACGGUGGACUAUUGCGUCGAGUUCCUAGAUACUCACGGACUGCUCAGGAGCCAGUUUACCCGAGAUUCGUUCAACAUUACCAGAUGCAUCGCAUUGUACAAUGUGGGCACUGCCAUGACUGCUACGACAAAAUCGGGGCUUAGCAGCAUGCGCGCCUAUCACGCCUUGAGCGAAGCGGCUGCGGGGGCUCGGUACCUGGAAUAUUAUCGGAUACACGAGCACGAUGAGGCUGAACAACAGCUGCUAAGAAGACUUGUCUGGUUACUCUUUGCCAGUGCAUGCAGCGCGGAUAUCUUUGGAAGACUUCCCAUUAGUCUCCUAAGUCCAGACCGGAUCGAGAACUUUCCAAGGCCACUUCCCUUGUCAGAUGAUCAGAUGGAGCCACAAUCUCCUAAGAGUUGCCACGAGGCCCCUUGGCAUGGGGAUAGCACAACAUACGUCCCCGGGCUCAACUCAUUGAGUGACAUGUUUCUCAUCUGGCAAGAGGUUCAGCAAGUACCAAGAGAUGUUGAUCCACAAACGACCAUUGCGAGAUACUUGCAAAAGGUGCAAAAUGUUCUCAAUAAUCUUCAGCCGGAGCUGCGUUGGCGUGGCGGUUUAUCACGUCCAGCUAAUGUCACAGAAGGACACGACGUUCAAAUCGCAAAUUUAUUUAUAACAAGUCUCAAUAUUCGGUCGAACAUUCUGCAAAGAUUCGGGCCGACAAUUUCAACUGCACAGGAGCACCAAAAUAUUGUAGAUGAUCUGCUGGAGAUUCUGUACCACCUCCCACAAGCUGUCUUUGAUGCCAAUGGUAGCAGCCUCGUCCCCAAGAUUCGAGAUAUUGGGGCUGCCUACCUUGAACAGGCUCAGCUGGGGAAUGGCAUGGGUAAAGUGGAGAUAGGGGAUGCGAGGAUCAAAUUAGAGCGGUUACUUCGGAAGCUAGACGAUCUAGAUUGCUGGCAGGGAAUUGGCGUGCUUGAGAGUCCGGCUCUUGAGGGUAGAGAUAUGAUUGUACAUUAA